AUGAAGGGGAGCAGCACCCUCCUACUGGGGGCCCUCACCCUGCUCUGCUCCUGUGGGCUGGCCACCGGGGAGGACAGCAGUGAGUUUUUCAUGGAAUUCCUGCAAACGCUGCUGGUGGGGUCCCCAGAGGAGCUAUAUGAGGGGCCCCUGGGCAAGUACAACGUCAAUGCAGAUGCCAAGGCAGCACUGACUGAGCUCAAGUCCUGCAUAGAUGGCCUACAGCCCAUGCACAAGGCGGAACUGAUCAAGCUGCUGGUGCAAGUGCUGGGCAGUGAAGAUGAUGCCUAG